AUGUUCUGGAGGUUCGGCGGCUACGCCAACAUCUCCACCAUUGACACCAUCCUCGAUAAGCCCGACUUUCAGCUGGAAGACCUCCUCGACGAGAGCGAUCUGAUCCAGGAGCUCAAGCAGCACAACACAAAACUCAUAGAGUACCUCCGUGAAGAUAGGGUCCUCGCGAAACUCCUGGAAUAUGUCGUCGCUCCCCGCCUCGCCCCCGUAGAGACCCCCGACCAAGACCCCAAAGACAGCCAAGAUGACGAAAAGAAGUCCAGGUCGAGGGCACUUUCCUUCGGCCGCCCCCGCGCCUCCUCCAGAGCCACCACCGACGAGCCCGAGGAAGACGAGGUCGAGAAGAAGCGGAACCGCUAUGCCUACGUCGCCGCCGAGGUUCUGUCAUCUGACAACUGGUCCAUCUACGAGUCGCUGAUGGAGAGUCGCGCUCUCCUGCGCCACUUCUGGAACUUCUUGAAGCUUCCCGCUCCGCUCGACCCCCUCCAGGCCAGCUAUUUUACCAAGGUCAACGAGUCUCUCUUUGACAAGAAGACACAGGAGAUGGUCGACCUCCUUAAAUCGCUCGACGACGCCAUCCCCGACAUGCUGCGCCACGUGGACUGCCCCAUGAUCAUGGACCUGUUGCUCAAAAUUAUUAGCCUCGAGCGCACCGAUGAGGGCCAGGGCGUCGUUGAGUUUGCUGACAUGGCCCCUGUGCAACGCCAGUGGUUAUACACCAAAGAUGUCAUGCCGACACUGCUUUCCUUCCUGGGUCCCGAGAACAGCUGGGCCACGCAGACAGCUGCUGGUGAUUUCAUCAAGGCCAUCAUCACCGUCUCCGCCAACGCCUCGCAGAACGAGCAAGCCUGCAUCGGCCCCAACGAGCUCACUCGCCAACUGGUGUCUAAGCCUGGCGCCGAGAAAAUCAUUGGGUACAUGCUUGGUGGCAAGAACCCCUUGACCGUAGGUGUAGGUAUUAUCAUCGAGGUCAUCCGGAAGAACAACUCCGAUUAUGACCCGGAUGUCGGUCCCGAUUCGAACGCCCUACCCUCCAGCCGGGAUCCCAUAUACCUUGGCCCUCUGUUGCGCCUCUUCGCCGAGCACGUACCGGACUUCAUGAAUCUGAUUCUUAACGCCCCGGCUAAGAAGAAGCGCCUGGACUCUACCUUUGGAGACCAGAUCGAGCCCCUCGGCUUUGACCGCUUCAAGACAUGUGAGCUCAUGGCCGAGCUCCUGCAUUGCAGUAACAUGGCGCUCCUGAAUGAGGUCGGGUCAGAACAAGUCAUCACGACCCGCGACGAGGAGAGGCGACGGUUGCGCGCCGAAGGACGGCUUACUGCUAAUCGUGGUGAAGAAGCACAGUCGUCAGAAGAUCUUACUAUGCGACCACGCCACUCCUCCCCUGACGAUAGCCGCAAGCUUGAGGUCACAAACGCAUCCGACGAUGAUGGCUUCGAAGAGGUCACUCCGUCCGGAGAAAUGACGGAGGAUACUUCUCACGAGUUUGUCAAGGCGGAAGAGGAGAUUCCUGCUGGUCCAUCCACGUCCUUCCUUGACAAGGACGACGACGAGUUUGUAGACGAACCUCUGAGCUCACCUCGACUUAACUUCCAAGAUGUUCAGGUCAACGAGCAACAAUUCGAGAACCCCGAGCUUGUUGUCGCUCCGUUGUCGCCCAAGAAACCAGGAAUGGCCCAAUCUGAAUCUCAAGCGGCGGAUACGGCCUCAGCGGCAAAGUCUGAGGAUCUGCCCAAGUCUGAUACGACGAGCAGCGCGGCCGAAAUAGGGGAUCCCGGCAGCAAAACCGGCGAGCGAGAUCCGAAUCCGUCGGCGGGCAUCCAAGCAACUGUAUCCGAAGUCACACCAGAAGAAACAUCGGCUCCUGGCCAGCAGUCGUCCACUGAGGCUUCUAGUGUGGCACCGGGCACUGCGCACCCGGCACCCGAGGCCGAGGUCCCUAGUGUGGACGCAACGGCAGCAGCCAGGGACACUGAUGCUCCGGUGGACGAGUCGCAAACCAGUCCUCAGGACGCUGGUAUCACGACUGAAGCCACCACCGGCGAGGCAUCUUUGAUUGGGGACCGUCCUGAGUCUGCUAAGCAAAUAUCAGGGGAGCAUGUGAACCCGGUUGUGGGUGACUUUUUGAAGAAGCAGUUUGUGGAACACCGCGUCGUCCCGACCAUACUGUCUUUCUUCUUCCGAUAUCCAUGGAACAACUUCCUUCACAACGUGGUAUACGACAUUGUGCAGCAGGUAUUCAACGGGCCUAUGGAUCGCGGGUUCAACCCAAGCCUUGCUAUCUCCCUAUUCGAAGCUGCGGAUGUCACCAAUGCCAUCAUCAGGGGACAGGCCUCCAGCGAGCAAUCACAGACCCAGAACAAGACACGCAUGGGCUACAUGGGACACUUGACGCUCAUUGCUGAGGAGGUAGUCAAGUUCACAGAGCGUAACCCCCCGGAAUUGCUCUCUGAGCUGGUUCUGGACCGUGUCAUGAGCCAGGACUGGAUCAACUAUGUCGAGGGUGCGUUGGCCGAGACACGUGAGAGGGACAAUGCCAUCCUUGGCGGUGUCAGACCCGAGGUUGCUAUGAGCAAUAGGGCGCAGAUGUCCAACAACGGCCUUGGCGGUAUGGGCUUGUCUAGCCUUGGACUCGGAGGUGGCCAGGCCGCAGGGUCCAGCACGCUUGCAGACGCUGGCCUGGCCGGCGGUGCCAGCAACCAGGACACACAGGAUAACGGCAGCGGAAGCAGUAUCGGGCCUUUCAGCAUAAGCUCCGGGCUCCUCACCGGCUCUGGCUUCGGAAGCUCUAGUGAUGAAGAAGAAGACGAGGCGGAAGACAAUGAGGAGGAAGUGAAUAAUGAGUUCCAGUCAUACACCGACCCAUUAAACACAUCGCCAUCGUCGUUGGAGCCACCCUCAAUUCCCCCUCCACCACCGCCGCCGCCCCCGUUGAACAUCCCACCUUCGCGCGCCCGCCUCCAGCUUGCUGCGCGUUUGGCCAUGCAUCAGAAACCUGCCAGUACGGCGUCAGCGCAGUCUGCCGAGGUUGAGGAUGGCGGCGACGGCGAUGACUCGGGACUUGCCCGGGAGCCCGACAGUAUCCUUCAAAAUCCUUUCGAGGAUGAUGGAGAAGACGAUGUCGAUGACGACAGCGACGACGGUCUGAGUGGAGAAGGUGACGACGCGGAGUCAUGGAAUGCGGGGGCUGAACGCGGUAGCUGGUGGCGCGGGGCAUUGAGCAGAGGCAAGGAGAGGUUCGGCGACGGCAGGGAUGAUUCCGACUCGGACAAGGAAGAGGCGGGCGAAGGCGAUGAGGAAGACGAGGAGUUUGGCGAUUUCGCCAUGCCUGAAGUUGACAAGGACGGCAGCAACGAGAAGGGCAGCGUGAUUGUGAAGCCGCUCCCGGUCCAUCCGCCGUCGCAGAGCCAGAAGAGCUCGGCGUUUACCAGUCUCUGGCCAUUCGGAUCCAAAGACAAGGACAAGGACAAGGACAAGGAGAAGCCGAAGGGCAAGGAGGGGGACGAGGCCGGCGACGUGGCUCCGGAGGCACUGGGCGAGAUCACGGGCGAUGAUGGUGAGAAGAUAAGGCCUACUCACGAAGCCGCCCGGCGGACGAGCAUCGAGGAUCCUGACGAGGAGGAGGAGGUGGUCGUCUAG